GAAUUUUGCACAUGGAUUGGGGUCAGGCCAAGCCCCCGCGGCUUUGGCCUAGAUAAGAACUGGCAAUAGGGUGACCUAACUUUUUUAAUAGAUAAGAAAAUUGCCCAUUAAAGUGCAGCCCAACUCAUUGUUGGCAAUUUCGAUGCUUAUGGGAGUUCAUGAUAAGCUAAUCCAAAAUGUAAAGACCCUAUAUAAAGGGCAUGCUUCAACCAUAGUCAAUAUAGUCAACUUUCACCAUGAUUUCCAUUAACAUAGUUGUUUCUGCUCUUUGCCUGCUACUUGCCCUGACUGGUGGCGGCUUCUACUCAUCCGCCGUUCAGGCUGCUGAUGUAAGCCGCAUUAUUGGCGGUCAAUUUGCCAAGCAAGGGCAAUUCCCCCAUCAGGUUUCGUUGCAACUGAAUGGCCGUCAUCAUUGUGGCGGUUCUCUGAUCUCGGAGACAAUGAUCGUUACCGCCGCCCACUGCACAAAGAAUCAGAGUCCAGGUCAGAUGAAGGCAAUUGUGGGCACUAACGAUUUGAGCGCUGGCAAUGGACAAACAUUCAGUAUUGCUCAGUUCAUAAUACAUCCACAAUACAAUCCACAGAGUCAGGAUUUCGAUAUGUCACUAAUCCGUUUAAGUAGCCCAGUUCAGUUUGGUGGUCCAGUGCAGAAGAUUCAAUUGGCCGAUGCUAAUUCUAAUUAUGCAGCAGAUACCAUGGCAACCAUCAGUGGAUUUGGUGCCAUCAAUCAGAACCUCCAGUUGCCCAAUCGUUUGAAAUAUGCUCAGGUUCAGCUAUGGAGUCGUGACUAUUGUAAUGGACAAAAUAUACCUGGAUUGACCGAUCGCAUGAUCUGCGCCGGUCAUCCAAGUGGACAGGUCAGCGCCUGCCAAGGAGAUUCUGGUGGCCCAUUGACUGUGGAUGGCAAACUUUUUGGAGUCGUAUCAUGGGGAUUUGGUUGUGGUGCAGAAGGUCGUCCGGCCAUGUAUACAUAUGUGGGUGCUUUGCGUUCGUGGAUCAAUCAAAAUGCUAAUGUAUAA